AUGAAUUGAUGGAGGGAUAAAAGGGAACUGCUACCAAGCCUCUCUUCAGAAUUAAGGCUUGUUUGAAGCUCAACAUCCAAAAGGAUACAAGAAGCAUAAUAUAUGCAUCGAAAAUGACAACACAAAAUGCUAUUAUUUCUAUAGAAAAGCAAGAUCUAAUCUACGCGGAGAUGCCAAAUUCCACGUCGAUUAUAAACGCUAUUCAACCAGCUGCCACAUUUUUUUCCUUCUUCAUAAACUUUCCCGGCGAUUUUUCACCUUACAACACAAUAGAGGUCUACCUAUACAUAAAAUUUCGACGAUCCAACUGCUUGGUGACCAGCUUGGCGGUGAGCGAUUUACUGGUCGGCUUAGUGGUGAUGCCACCAGCUAUAAUCUAUCAAGUUUCGGGCGAUUGGUACUUUGGCUAUACCUUGUGCCAUAUUUGGCUCAGUGCUGACGUGCUCAACUGCACCGCUAGCAUCUUUAAUCUCUGCAUGGUUUCCAUUGACCGAUUCUGGCUGAUCAUGAAACCAUUGACAUAUGAAACGAAGAGGACAAAGCUGCGGAUGUCAUUGUACGUCACCAUUAUUUGGUCUCUAGCCAUGUGCAUUAGUUUACCGCCUCUUUUAACAAUGGGAAACGAGUACGAAGAAGAGCCAAAUGGACCAACGGUCUGUGCACUUUACCAGCAUUUUAUCUAUCAAAUUUAUGCAAUCAUAGGAAGCUUUUACAUACCACUACUUGUUAUAAUUCCGAUGAACUACAAAUUAUUCAUUGCUGCGCGUAAUAAAUCUACUAUGAAUUAUCAAGAAAGUCGAUUUGAUAUAGAAUUGGAAUCUGAUGUCAAUCCGUCUUCCAAUAGUCGUAAGAUCAUACACUCAACGAGCUGUUCACAUUCCCACAACGAACGUGUAAGGCCGACCAGUCUGCCAAACAUACACUUAAGAAACACAGCUGCAUCUACA